UCCUCUCCGAUAUACCCGUUAUAAAUAAUUAAAUCCCCGUUAUAAUUAAAUAUACGUUCAAGCCCUAACUUACUCCUCUCCUCCAUCAGUCUCCGCCAGUCCGCCUCCAGAGUCCAGGCCCUCGCCUGAACGAGUGAACGUCUCUCUCCUCUCCUACGCUCUGUCUCUCUGUCUCCAUCAUCUCUCUCCACUUUCCACUGUCGGCUGAGCAGCAACGGUGUUCCACUGAUUUUUCCAAUCUGCUCGAUAUUCCCUCAAAAACGAAGGUGUUAUUGCUUCAGGAUCAACAAGGGUUAAAGCUUAAAUGGCCGCCACUGCAGUUAGUAAAAUAAAAGGUGCAAAUUCGCGAAAACAUCCUCCCGGGAAGAAGCAAAAAAAAGAAUUUUUCUCGGAUAAAAACCCAAAAAAAGAUGAUGUUAGCGAUUCGGAUGGAAUGGAUGAAGGGGUGGAAGAGUUGGGGGGUUUUGAAGAAGAAGAACACGAUUCUGUUUCAGGUUCUGAAAUGUCUUCUGACGGGGAUGAUCCAUUUAGGGGUGAUUUUCUCCAAGGAAGUGAUAACGAAGACGAAGGUUCAGAUUUAGCUUCUGAUUCAGAUGAUUCUAAUAUUGAGAAGAAAUCAAGAGCUAUUGAUGAAGAGAAGGCGAGGGAGGAAGAAGAAGCUGAUGCUGAAUUGCAGCUCAACAUCAAAGAGGAAGCUGAUGAGUUCAUAUUGCCGACCAAGGAGGAGCUUGAGGAAGAUGCACGUCGCCCUCCUGAUCUCCCAAAUCUCCAACGAAGGAUAAAAGAGAUGGUUCGGGUGCUUUCAAAUUUUAAGUCUUUGAGACAAAAGGGGGCAAUACGCAAGGAUUACAUUGAUCAACUUAUGGUGGACUUAGGUUCGUACUAUGGAUACAACGAUUUCCUAAUCGAAGUUUUGGUGGAGAUGUUUCCUCCAGUUGAACUUUUGGAACUUAUUGAAGCUUUUGAAAAGUCUCGGCCAAUAUGUCUUCGAACAAAUACUUUAAAGACACGCAGAAGGGACUUGGCUGGUGUACUGUUGAACAGAGGUGUCAACUUAGAUCCAUUAAGCAAGUGGUCAAAAGUUGGCUUGGUUGUUUAUGACUCACAAGUGCCUAUUGGUGCCACACCUGAAUAUAUGGCUGGUCAUUAUAUGCUUCAAAGUGCAAGCUCUUUUUUGCCUGUAAUGGCCCUUGCUCCUCAGGAGAAGGAACGAAUCGUUGAUAUGGCGGCUGCUCCUGGUGGUAAAACAACAUAUGUUGCUGCUCUUAUGAAGAACAGUGGAAUAAUUUAUGCGAAUGAAAUGAAGGAGUCGAGGCUCAACUCACUCACUGCAAAUCUACAUCGCAUGGGGGUGACAAAUACCAUUGUUUCCAACUACGAUGGGAGGGAGCUGCCUAAAGUUUUGGGUCGCAACACUGCAGAUAGGGUUUUGUUAGAUGCUCCAUGCAGUGGCACUGGGGUCAUAUCAAAAGACGAGUCUGUCAAAACCUCUAAAAGCUUUAAAGAUAUUCUGAACUGUUCCAUUUUGCAGAAGGAAUUGAUACUUGCAGCAAUAGACAUGGUGGAUGCCAAUUCAAAAUCAGGGGGAUACAUUGUUUACUCCACAUGUUCUAUAAUGAUCCCUGAGAAUGAAGCAGUUAUAGACUAUGCACUCAAGAAGAGGGAUGUGAAACUUGUGCCAUGUGGACUUGACUUUGGGCGUCCAGGGUUUACCCGAUUUAGGGGAAGACACCAAUUUCACCCCUCUUUAGAAAAGACAAGACGUUUCUAUCCCCAUGUGCACAACAUGGAUGGAUUUUUUGUGGCAAAGUUGAAAAAAAUGAGCAAUUCCAAGCCAACCUCAGCACCUUCUGAACCAGGGGAAUAUCAGCAGCAAGAAAAUGAGGAAGAAGAUGCUGCAAAAGAAUAUGGGAGCUUGAAGAAAGAUGAUCCUGAGCCAAUUGAAAGCAGCAACAAGAAGAAUGCCACGGGGGAAUAUCAGCAGCAAGAAAAUGAGGAAGAAGAUGCUGCAAAAGAAUAUGAGAGCUUGAAGAAAGGGGUUCCUGAAACCAGGAAAGUAGAAAAAACGACGACCAUUAGAAAGAGGGAGAAAAGAAAACGCCUUUCGAGAGAGGAAAUCUCAGAAGCCCGAGAAGAGAAGAGGAAAGCCUCAAGGGAAGCAAAGAGAAAAGUUUUGAAAAAGGCUACAAGUAAGAAAAGUUGGUGAAGAAACUCAUUGGUAGGAGCUCAUGAAGAUCUGAUGGGAUUGCGAUAUAUCCAUUGCGUCUUCAGAGAAGCCAAUGCUUUCUCAUGUCUUGCCUAAUGCAGGAUUUCAUUAGAUUCUAAAUUACUUGUCUGUGAUAGUAUGGAUACAUGAAGAAAACAAACUGCUCCUGGCUGAUGCAUGAAGGGUUUAUGCCCAUUAUUUCAAUUUUGGUUUUACAAAUGUUUUGUUUACAAAAAGAAUGAGAAGACAACCCAAGUUCAAAAGGAGGGGAAACGACAAAUACAACAACAAAAUAUUCGAUAGAAUUGAUUGGGUGACAUUUUUCAGCUGUCAUCUACUAAUUCAUUAUCUAAAAUCAGGAUUUUUUAUGCUUGCCUGAAGUUCAUUCAUUUGCAGUAUUCAAGGUGGUAUGAGUAUGACUGUUAGGGUAAGUCUACAAUCAUGUUUUGCGAUCAGAUGUGGGAUUUCUGUGUACUUUUUUUGGGUGAUCACAAACUAAAACUCCAUACCGAAACUAGGAAAAUUUAGUCACUCACCAUUCAUGUUUGCAAUUACUGUACUGCCUUGUUGGUGUGUCUUGUUCCAAUGCUACUUCGCCAAUUUGUUAUUCAG